AUGAUGGAUGAUAUAUCCACUGGAAAAGAUGUCGUAUCCAGUAGUAGGGAUGUCGUAUCCACUGGAAAAGAUGUCGUAUCCAUCAGUAGGGAUGUCGUAUCCAGACUAAGGGAAGAGAGUCGUAGGAACCCUUUGAUCGAGGCCAUAGUGUCGUACGACGAGGACAUGGUCAGGACGGCCAUUACACUAGAGGAGCUCUGCACUAUGAGUGCAAGGUUUGCCUACGUGUUGAAACAGGAGGGCGUCCUACCCGGCGACUACGUGGCGUCCACCCUGCCCGUAUCACCGGAGGCGGCCGUCGUCACCUUCGGCAUCAUGUUCGCUGGCGCCGCCCCCGUCAACCUUGACCUUUCUUUUAAAAACGGAAGUGGCUUCACUCACGUCAUGGCCAGAACCAAAGCUCGCCUGGUGGUUGUCAGGGACGCCGCGUGGGACAAUGUCCUCAACUUCCUGUCUCCCUAUACCACAAUCCCCAGCGACGAAACAACUCCGUGGGCUGACCUUGAUCUGAAAGUGCUGCCCCAUUUAAAGCGGAUGUUGUUGGUUCGUCGGUCAGGUAUAUUAGCGUCCCUCGGUUGUUGCUUCUUCCUCAUCACCUUUUCAACUCCCAAUUGA